GGGCCUAGCACCACCAUUUCCCUGGGCGGGCGAGUCUCAACAGCAGGCAGACAGGUGAGGCUGACCUGACAAGUUCUAGAGGCCAGGGGCAAUGGGGCGGAGCAUGGCUCUGACUUAGGGUGGCAACAGGUUGGGGGCCCUGGCACAUUCAGGGCCGGUAGGCAGGCAGACGGUGGUUCUACUGGUGUCUCUCCUACUACAGCCAACCCUAGGGUGCAGGCCAUGGAGCCUGCGGGAGGGUGAGGACAGCCAGGUGGGCAGGCAUGUUUGGAAGCCUAGGGCCGGGGGACUUGGGAGCCCAGGGCAUGGCAGGACCCCUGAGGGGCCGGGUGGAGGAGCUAAAGAGGCCAUGGUGGCGGGAGGCCUCACCAUUGGUACUCCAGCACAGUGAGGCUGCUAGGCUGGCAGCUGAUGCCCUCCUGGAGCGGGGCAAAGCUGCCUACCUGCAGGUCAUCUCUGAGGAGCGGGAGCUGCCCUUCCUGAGUGCUCUGGAUGUGGACUACAUGACCAGCCAUGUGCAUGGGAGCCCUGAGCUCAAUGAGGCCCAGGGAUUGGACGGCUCAGGGCCUGACCGCCUCAGCCUGCUCUCUGAAGUCACUUCAGGCACUUACUUUCCCAUGGCCUCCGACAUAGAGCCCCCGGACCUGGACUUGGGCUGGCCUGAGGUUCCACAGGCCACGGGCUUCAGCCCCACCCAGGCUGUUGUCCACUUCCAGCGGGACAAGGCCAAGAACAUCAAGGACCUUCUGCGUUUUCUCUUCAGCCAGGCCCGCACGGUGAUAGCUGUGGUGAUGGAUGUAUUCACUGACAUGGAGCUUCUGUGUGACCUCAUGGAGGCCUCGAGCCGGCGUGGUGUCCCCGUCUACCUGCUUCUGGCUCAGGAGCACCUAAGGCACUUCCUGGAGAUGUGCUACAAGAUGGACCUCAAUGGGGGACACCUGCCGAAUAUGCGUGUGCGGAGCACGUGUGGGGACACGUACUGCAGCAAGGCAGGCCGCCGCUUCACAGGGCAAGCCCUGGAGAAGUUUGUUGUCAUCGACUGCGAGCAGGUGGUGGCAGGCAACUACAGCUUCACCUGGCUUUGCAGCCAGGCCCACACUAGCAUGGUGCUGCAGCUAAGGGGCCGCAUCGUGGAAGACUUUGACCGGGAGUUCCGCUGUCUGUAUGCCGAGUCUCGGCCUGUGGAGGGCUUCUGUGGUGGUGAGGAUCUUGUAUCUCCUAGGGUACUGUGUCCUCCUCCAGUGGCCUUGGGAUUUGGGCCCGGUGUGCCAAGCCCCCCCUCAUCCUCACCCUCCAGCAUCAGCCUCAGCAGCAUCAAACGCUCACCUCUAAUGGGCCACUCUUCUUAUCUCGCUCCACCAGGUGGUAGUGGCCUCAGUGAUACGGGUAGGGGGUCCUCAUCCCUGAACCCUGCCCGCCUUGAGGCCAGUGGCCAGACCUCUCUGCAACGCCAGCUGUCAGACCCGAAGCAUGCCUCCCUACUGGGGCCCUACAGAUCCAAUCUAGGCAAGCUGGGGGCAUCCCCAUGGUCACAGUCCUCUCCUGCCCUCAACCACAAUGGUCACAGCCCCUUGACCCUAGCAGUGGGGUCACCUCUGCUUGCUCGCCAACGCCCUCUCCUCCCCUUCCCCCAGGGUGUUGCCACCCUGUCCCGGGUCCCAGAGAAUGGGCUUCUGGGAAGCCAGGAGUCUAACCCCCAACGAGAUCGCUGGGUACCUAGCACAACCCUGGAGACAGUGCAGGAGAAGAAGGUGUCUUUGAGUCAGAGCCAUAGCCAAUUGGAUCUCCUUGUCCCCUUCCCCAGAGCCAGAGAAGCUGGAGACCCUGAUUCUGGGGUUAACCCCAACUCAGACUCCCUCUGGCCUAGAGAGCAGGCCCCAGAGGACAGGAGGUUGUCCCCAAACCAGAGACACAACCAGCUGGAUCUCCUGCCCCAGUCCCAGGGUGCUGGGAGUAUCUCUGAGUCAGGUUCCCCCAGACCUGGCAAUCAAACUCCAGAGGAUAAGAGGCUGUCCUCAAAGCACAGUCAUGGCCAAAUGGACCUCCUGGUACAGUACCCCAAGGCUGGGGGCUCCAGAGCAUCCCCUGGAGCCAACUCCUCAGCUAGGGCUGGCAAGCAGGGUCAAGAUGAGCAACGACGGACCCUGGGCCACAGCCAGCUGGACCUCAUCACAAAGUUUGGCCCAUUCCGAGGCGAGGGGCCUGGGCCCAGUGGUCUCCCCAUACCAAGUCCUGCUCGAAAGGCUGGAGUAGGCUCUGGGGAUGAGAAGCGGCUGACCUUGGGCCACAGCAAGCUGGACCUCAUCACCAAGUAUCAUCAGUUGCAGGGCACUAGGCAAAGACCUGAGCCUGGCCUCCCUGAGGGCCCCACAGGUGGACAUCACAAUGGCAGUAACAAUGGCCCAUUUGGGGAUGAGAAGCGGCUGACCUUGGGCCACAGCAAGCUGGACCUCAUCACCAAGUAUCAUCAGUUGCAGGGCACUAGGCAAAGACCUGAGCCUGGCCUCCCUGAGGGCCCCACAGGUGGACAUCACAAUGGCAGUAACAAUGGCCCAUUUGGGGAUGAGAAGCGGCUGACCCUGGGCCACAGCAAACUGGACCUCAUCACUAAGUACAACAAAUCCAAGUUCAAGCUGCUCCGAAGCCGCUUUGAGUCCUAGUCCUGCUCCCAGCAGGGACAUAUCCUUCUUCCAUCUACUUGGACUUUAGGUUUACUGAGGUUCCAGACUCUAGGGUGUUCAAACAGGGGCUGCAUGGGGAGCAUUUAGUGUCUAGAAGCCCAUAUUAGACAUUCAUGGGGCUCAGGAGUCUUGCUUAUGAACACACCUGCACACACACACACACACACACACACACACACAGAUGGAACCCACAAUAUUUACCAUUUGCCACUGCUGGGCACUUCACACUGGCUAAUUCUCAUUCUUCGUCCUCACAACCUCUUACAAGAUAGACCUCUAUUAGGUAGACAUUUCUAAGGUCACAGGUAUUAUAUUUUCUAUUUUAUAAAUGUGGAAGCUGAGGCCCAGAGAGUUUGAUGACUUGCUUGGGAUCAAAUCCAAGUCAAUGGCAGAGCCAGGGCCCAAACCCAUGUCUUUGACUCUUAAGAUUGUGUUUUUGCACACCAUUGUCAACAGUUCACAUGUCCCCAUGUACACAAAAUACACCACAGAGAUGCCCCAAAUGCCUACACAAUACACUGACAGGGUUCACACUCACAGACACACACUAAGUACACAAAGGUCCAUGUGAUAACACUCAGAAUUCUAGUUAUACUCAAUAAAUGUUAUAUGACUAAAUGAAUGGCUACACAACAUAUAUGCAUUCAGUGCACACUGAAGAACCCUCAGGAUCCACAAACAAUAAAUAUGUAUAUAACCACACACAUAAACACAGAGGCAUGCACACACCAACCAGUGUCUUCUUUGAUCUUAGCUGUGUACCUGGCCCUGUACUGAGCACACCACAGGACUGAUAAGUGAAUCAGGCGCAGUCCCUGGGAGACACGGAUUAAAAGCAUAAACCAAGUCAAGAUAGAACUGUAUCUCAACAGAGGCUAAUCAGUGACAGGGUGGUAGAGAAGGGCAGAGAGUGGUGGUGGUGGUGGAGUGGUGAGCAGUUUCAAAGUGGUGAGCAGCUUUUGAGGCAGGCCUUGAAGUAUGGGGAGGAUUGGACAGAUGAAGAAGAGGAAUUCCUGGCAUAUGGAAGCAGAUGAAGAGAGGCCAGGGAGAGGACUGGAGGAGGGGAUCUGAGAUGAACUGGGGAUGAUGUAGAGGGCAUGGAUACUCAGACUCUGACACGUGCACAUGCAUGCGUGCACACGCACACACACUCAUCAUCAUUUUGCUGAGUGUCCCUAGAAGCACAGGCUCUGACAGGUUGUAUGUUCUUUUCCUGAGCUCAUCACCUGCCUGGGACAAUCUACACGGUACAAAUCAAUAAAAGCAGACAUGCUGUGACCUAGCAGCAGCCUGGUGUGUGCUGAAAAAGGUGGAGUUUUGAAGCUGCAUGUUGAGGGCGGAGAAAAGGCACCAUUUGGUCCAAUUAUGGAGGGCUCCCUGAGGGAGAGUGGAUGGCUGCUGAAGGGCUAGGGGGAGGACAAGGGCUCCAGGACCCCUCUAUCUUCAUUGUAACUUUUUUAAAAAGUUUUUUAAAAACUUAUUUAUUAAUGAGAGACACACACACAGAGAAAGGCAGAGACACAGGCAGAGGGAGAAGCAGGCUCCAUGCAGGGACUCGAUCCAUCCGGGGUCUCCGGGAUCACACCCCGGGCUGAAGGCGGCGCUAAACCGCUAAGCCACAGGGGCUGCCCCAUUGUGACUUUCUAAGAGGCCCAGGGGCAUUUUGUGGAUACAAAAUGUAGAUCAAGUUCAUCUCAUCGAUGAGAGCAGGUCCCUUGACUGCCACCAUUUAUCUUGGGGGCAGAAAGUGGUGCAUGUGAUCAAGCACAUGCAAGGGGCAACACACCAUUGUCCAUCUGGCCUCUCCCUAAGACCCGGUUUCAUCCGUCCUCCCCUCUCUUCAAUACCUUCUUCAGCCUGGUUUCUUCUACUUCACUGGCCACGCCUCCUCUCCAGCCUUUGUCUUGGUCUCAUUUCUCCCCACUAGACACCUCCACGGGUGACCUCGUCCACCCCAGGCUUCGGCCCCAAAUAUCAGCCCUUUACUGUCCCCUGGGCUCUAGAUCUGGCCUCGACGUCUGUCUCGCACCUCACACUAGGCACGUCACCUUCCUCACCCCUGCCCUUCCUCUUAGCCUUUACUUCAACAGAUACCUCCAUCAUCCACUCGUCAGGUAUCUGCCGGGCAUCCCUGGCUCCUCCUCUCUUACGCCUCGCAUCCAACCAGCCACAGGUCUCGUGUGUUCGAGGGUGAGCUCGCCGAUACCAUCCCCGUGGUGCACGCGUCCAUUGCCGGCUGCCGCAUCAUCGGGCGCAUGUGUGUGG